UGGGUAAUCGGCAGCUAGAAACGAAGACAACGAGGUCACAAUCAUCCAAUACAAUGGACCUGGAGGAAGCUGGAGCGGAGAAGUGAUUGGCUUAGCAUCAAUUACUUUGGCUUCAGUCUGUCAUUGUCUUCUGCGAUUUCCAUGAUUGGUCAACACACCUGGUAGUGAUUACCUAGGACGGCCAGGUAUUAAAUAGAUCAAGCAUGAAGAAAGAUCAAGACGUUUGAGAGACCAAAAGAGAAGGCCAAGGACUCGAGCUUCUGUCUUCCCCGGAUCCGAUGGUCACAGGGUGCCCGAGCCAAGUCCAUGAAGGUCUAGGAAAGGAUACUGCGCUCUUCAUUCAAAAGCAAAGUCUGGCCACGGGCAUAAGAGGGAUUCUCAAUCCCGGGGAACCAUCUUUAAUUUCAGAUACGUUUCUGAUGUUUGUAUCUCCCACCACCCUCUGAUAUGAUCGUUUUAGGACCUAUAAAGGGCAUCGCUUACACCGUCUAAUAAUUUGCCAGAUAUAUAGUCUAAGAGAAGACACUAGAUAAGAUCCCGGAGAUUGAGGAUCUGCAUCCGAGGAGUCACCUGAAAAGAUACGAUGGGCACUAAACACACUAUGGCACUGCUGGGGUUAUUGACUCUACUGGUCUGCGAACUGGUGACGGUGGUCAACUCGAACAGGGAUGAAGCUCUGAGGAUAAUGGAUAAAACCCCCGUCAUUGAUGGGCACAAUGACCUGCCCUGGCAGCUACUGUCUAAAUUCAAUAACCAGCUGAGUAAGGUGGAUCUCCAUAUUCUGAAUGACACCCACACCAACAUCCCCAAACUGCGAGAAGGAAAAGUGGGGGCACAGUUUUGGGCAGCCUACGUCCCCUGUGACACUCAAGGUAAAGACGCCGUUAAGAGGACCCUGGAGCAGAUAGACGUCGUCAAUCGAAUGUGUGAAGAGUAUCCGGAUGCCUUCCUGUGUGUGAACAGCGCAGAAGGGAUUGAAGAAGCUAUCAAGGCCAAAAAAGUGGCCAGUUUGAUUGGUGUGGAGGGUGGACACUCCAUUGACAGCAGCUUGGGAGUACUACGGACCUUGUACAAUCUAGGGAUGCGGUAUAUGACCUUGACACAUAGCUGUAACGUCCCAUGGGUGGAUAACUGGCUGGUGGAUACAGGAUCGGAUCCAGCUAAGAGCAAUGGCUUAUCUGAAUUUGGAAAGACCGUCAUCUUCGAAAUGAAUCGUCUUGGAAUAAUGGUGGAUUUAGCUCAUGUUUCAGUGAAGACGAUGAAAGAUGCUCUGGAAGCCUCUCAGGCCCCUGUCAUAUUCAGUCACUCGUCUGCUUAUAAGCUCUGCGAACACGCCAGAAACGUGCCAGACGAUGUCCUCGAAAUUGUGAAAGCAAAGAGGGGUCUGGUGAUGGUGAACUUCUAUAAUAACUACGUCACCUGCAGCAAUAAGGCCAAUUUGUCCGAUGUGGCAGACCAUUUUGAUUACAUUAAAAGCAUUGCUGGUAUUGAAUCCGUCGGAAUUGGGGGAGAUUAUGAUGGAGUCCCUAGGGUACCAGAGGGUCUGGAAGAUGUAUCGAAGUACCCGGAUCUUGUGGCGGAGCUGCUAAGGAGAGGAUGGACGGAGGCCGAGCUUGAGAAAGCCCUGGCCUACAACCUCCUCCGUGUCUUUAAAGAAGUGGAGCAGACAAGUGUGAGGUUGAAAUCAGAAAAACCCAAGGACGAGGCCAUAGCUUAUAAGGAGAUCCAGAGCGACUGUCACACCAGCUAUGGCUACCCGACUGGCACAGCUGCCCAUCUACAUGCUGGCACAGGGCUGCUUCUUAUGUCUCUUUCUUACGCUUUGUUCUUUUGAUGGCGACCAUCAGCCUCUAAAGCCUCUUAGACAUGGAAUUGGGGGGGGGGGGGUUGUAUCAUUAUGCAUAUAGAGGCAUAAAUGGGUGCAGUUGGGGCACGUUUAUUGGUUGCACCUUGUUAUUAAAGAGGUCACCCGGGAAUUAUUUAAAAUGGAUGCCAACAACCUGUCCUAGAAUGUGAGCAGGACUGGUUGCCUCCCUUGAAGAGCUGCCUUUGGAGGUGAGGGGCCUCACUACACUAUACUCUCUGGCACGUCCAUAUACUACAUGUUGGUGAGUGUUCCUGUCAGGCUGCUCAGCCAUCAUGGCAUAUCAAAGGCAGGAUCACAUCAUUACCAUCUAUUGUAGUGUGCAGUGAGGCCCCCUAGACAGCUGUGCAAGUGGAAGCAACCCGUCCUGCUCAUAUUCUGGGACAGGUUGCUGGCAGCCAUUUUAAAUUAUUCCCGGAGAACCCCUUUAAUAAAUCUGAACUGUCACAUACCUGACGUUUAAAAAAAAAAAAAAAAAAAAGCUACAGAUGCAGGUUAAUCUCAGCCAUAAGGUGUAAAAUAUGCAAUACGGCCAUGAAAAAUGCAUAAAAUCCGACUGUACAUAUGGCACAUGUCAUACCAACAGCAGCAAUCUGCGCCAUGCAGACACUGCUACAUGUGCCGCCCCUCAUGAUGGGCUGUGACUUUAUGCUGUUUUUUGGGUUAUCAUCAGUUGAUGCCUGUUAUUUAAGGCGUCACAUUCGGUCCCUCAUGAUAUAAAAUAUAUAUUAUUUUUAAUAUAAA